AUGUCCUCUGGUUGUCCUCAUGGUUGGUCUUAUUUCAAUCAUCGCUGUUUUGUCUACGUUCCAAGAUCCAUGAGUUGGGGUCAAGCUGAGAGAAACUGCAAGUCAAUGGGUGGACACCUUGCAUCUGUGCACAGCAGCAACGAGUACCGUCACAUUCAGAAGCUCACUAGUGAUCAUGACUACAUGGAAACUUGGAUUGGAGGAACUUAUGAAUUCGAGGAAAAAGUUUGGCUGUGGAGUGAUGGGAGCUCUUUUCACUAUACACACUGGUGCCCAGGAGAGCCUAGUGGUGGCAACCAGAAUUGUCUCCAGAUAAAUUAUACCCCUUCCAAGUGUUGGGAUGAUCUGGGGUGUGGCUUACAUCUGCCAUCUGUCUGUGCCAAGGAAAAAUCAACACUCCUCGGCUGA